AAAUUACUCAAGACCUUCUGCUUCCAAGAUCAUCGGAAAUGAGUUGAAAGGAGUUGUCAACGACACUAAGAAGUUUCACUCACCUUACUCUUUCAUAAUCUGA